UUGAAACUCUUUAACUCCUUUCAUUUCGAAGCAACAUUCUAGGAUUCGCCUUAAAGGAAUUUGUAGAUCGCAGUAAGUUGAUUGCUGCGGUAAUAAGGGAGUUAUGUUAAAUUAUUAGUUCCUUAUUAGGCGUAUUGACUUUUGGGUAAAAUAAUCAAAUCUGUUGAGUUAUGUUUCACUAUGUGAUGUUUUGUAUUGUAACAUUUUUGGUUGACUGACAGAGGUCUAUCGAAAACAGCGUCUCUACCCCACAAAGGUGGGAUAAGGUCUGCGUACAUCCUACCGUCCCCAGACAACACUUGUGGGAUUACAAUGGGCCUCUCCAAUUCUAUCAUCCAUUGUUUCCAAGAAAGCUCAAGAAGAAUUUGGAUCUUUUGGCAUGAAGUCCUUCAGAACAUUGGCACUCAUUGGAGCGGGUGUAUCUGGACUCGUAGGUUUUGCGACAGUAGCAUCUGCUGAUGAGGCUGAACAUGGAUUGGAGUGUCCAAUCUAUCCUUGGCCUCACGAAGGCAUUCUUAGUUCAUCUGAUCACGCUUCGAUUCGUCGUGGUCACCAGGUUUAUCAACAAGUAUGUGCAUCUUGUCAUUCAAUGUCACUUGUGUCAUAUCGUGACUUGGUCGGGGUGGCAUAUACAGAGGAGGAAGUAAAGGCUAUGGCAGCUGAGAUUGAGGUGGAGGAUGGGCCUAAUGAUGAGGGUGAAAUGUUUACUCGUCCUGGUAAACUGAGUGAUUGCUUUCCUCAGCCAUAUCCAAAUGAAGCAGCUGCUAGAUUUGCUAAUGGAGGAGCCUACCCUCCAGAUUUAAGUCUUAUUACAAAAGUAUUGUUAAUGGAGGAGCCUACCCUCCAGAUUUCUUUUUGUUAUUGUACUUAAUGUUGUGGUCCGAAAAAUAAAUUAUCCCUAACAGAUGACACAUGAACAUGGUGAAUGUAACUGAAGUAGGAUAGGAUAAGUCUCCAGCCCUUGUGAUAUGUUCGAUACUGCGGCUGAGAGGGCAGGGUUUGUGAACUAAUUUGACACUGUGAAGCAUCUUAGUCUAAUGUUGUAGACUAACUUAGUGUAGAUCUACUAGUUUAAUGUUUUGUGGAUGUUUGCAAAGGUUGAAGUGGUUUAAUGUUGUGUAGAUGUUUGCGAAUGUUGAAGUAGCUUAAUGUCUCUUCGGAACGUUUGAAUGACGUUUUGAUUCAACUUUGAAGUAGUUUCGAAUUGAAUUUGACGUAUUGUUGGUUGUGAUAUAUGUGUUUGUUGAAGUAGCUUAA